AACAACCAACAAUAAAAAUUAAAGGAAAAAAAUAAAUAAAUCCUUAAGGAAAGCUUCUUUGUAAGCUUCUUACACUGACAAAAGUGGUAAAUUCUCAGAAAGAGGUAAACUAAGGAAGGUACUGGAUUACUGAAGACCAGCAUUUAACCAUGAAGUUUAGGGAAUAUUUCCUGGAGGAAGUGCUUAAUUUUGCAUUUGAAAGGUAAAUAAGAAUUAGCCAUAAGAGGGAAAGGCAGGAAGGCCAUUGUGGAAUCAUGAACCAGAACUCACAAUGAUACUGUGUCUUGAUGUUGGAGAUUUAAAUUUUAAAAUUAAAAUUAGGAAAACAGUAGGUGACUCUAUAAUCCUGGGGUUGUGAAAUUUUCAAAUUGUGAUAUCAAAGACCUAAGUCAAAUGGAAAGGAAAUGACAAAUAUUUCUGAUUACAUAAAGACAAAAAAAGUUCUCUACAUAAAGAAAAAAACUACCAUAAGCAGAGCUAUGACAGUGACAACUUGGGAAAAAUGUUUGCUAAAUGUCAUAAGUCUGUAUUAAAUGUUAUUAGUAUGUAAAUAACUCUUACAACUCAGUAAGCAAUGAACAUAUCAGUUGAAUUGUAGACAAAGUGCACAGAUGGUCACAUCCCAAAAGAAAAAAUAUGCCUGGCCAAUAAACACGUUAGAAAACAGUUUAAUAUUUCUGGUAAUCUGAGACAUGCAAAUUAAAACAAUAAACUCUGUGUAUGUUUUGCCUUGAAAAGUUUUAAUUAACACUUUAAAUUACCUGUUAGCCAGUUUGCAGCAGAAGACACAUUCUCAUUUGUUCCUGGAGGGAGUAUCAAUUCAAGUAACUUUUCUAGUAUGAAGUUUAGCAUGAUAGAGCCAAAGGCCUUAAAACAAUAUACAGCCAUGUCCUUGGGUUCCACAUCCAGGGAUUCAGUCAGUUGCUGAGGGAAAAUAUACAAAGAACAUAAUUGUGUCUGUACUUAACAUAUAUAGAUGUUUUCUUGUCAUUAUCCUCUAAACAAUAUAGUAUGUAAUUAUAUAGCAUUUACAUUAUAUUAGGUAUUGUAAGUAAUCUAGGAAGAAUUUAAAUAUGCAGGAGGAUGAGCAUAGGUAAAUACUGAUAGGUAAAUACUAUUUCAUUUUGUAGAAUGGACUUGAGUAUACUUUCAUUUUGCUAUUUACAGGGAUCUUGAAGCAAAUCCCCCACAGAUACCAAGAGACAAUAGUAUUUCAUUUGAAGAACAGUAAAGUCUCCUGUGAAUGUGGACUAAGGAGAUAGUAUAGGAACUAAAAAUGUAGACCUAACUUACAUGUGCAAAAGGAAGAUAUUGGUUAGAUAAAUUGUUGCAUAUCUAUAUGAUUGAAUAAAAUGAAGCUAUCAGAAAUGAGGUCAUAGAAGCAUAUUGAUAAACAUGAAGUACAUUCAGGAUGCAGUUUGGCAUCACGCAUAAGACUGCCAUGUUGGGAAAAUAGGUGGAACCGGGAACAAAGAAGGCCUUGUUUGCUGCACAUAGGAUCCUGAGCUUUUUCUGUAGGUACUGGUAAGCCAUGGAAGGAUUUAAAAUGGCAGAUCAAAGCCAUUUUAGACAGAUCCUUGUAGCAGUGUGCCUGGAGGUUGGAGACUAGUGAAGAGAUUAUUGUAGUGGUCCUGAGGGAGAUGAUGUGGGCCCAAACAUCUGAACAUUAGGGGAAAAGAGCCUUAGGACAGAUUUUGGGCAGCCCAAGGAAUUAAUCUUUCUUUUGGAGGGUAAGGUCAUAUGUACUUGUGUUUGGGAACACCCAGAUAACUGGGUGCCCACAUAGGAGGUAGAAUAGAAGUACUGGUGCUAAAAGGACUGAGCCUGAGGAGGUUGUGGGCUAGGCUAAAUAAUACUCUUCUUUAGAUGUCACUUUAUUUACUUUUCAUUUAGUUCCUUCAUGUCCCUUCACUGCUUAACCUGGCUAACCCCACAUUGAGGAUGAUCUGUGCUUACUGGGCCCUCUUUCCAAUUACAUUUCUCCUAGUACCAGCACUUCCUUAUUUAGGUGCUAUGAAAAUUGUGAUAUGUUCAGUCUGGUGUUGGGAUAAUGAACAAGCUUAUGGGAAACUGAACAAUGAUGACAGUGAAGUCAUAUGACUGGGGACAAUAAUAGGAAGCAGGAAAAAUGAAGGCUGAGAGGUUGGGUAGGAGAGGUGAAAACCUAGAGCCAUAGCAGUUCAGAGGUGGAAGAUUAACUGAGACAGCAUCUGGUGGCUAGAUUGGGUGCUUAGGAACUAGCUGCAUUCACAGGUUUUGAGGCAGGAGAACCUCAGAGACUAUGAGGACCUUUCCUGGAGAAACUAAAGGAGUAUGGUAUUGAAUGGAACCUGUGGAAUUUUCUGGGGGAAAAUCAGCCCAAAAGACUUAAGUUUCAUAAGGAUUUAAGAAUUACAAGCACCCACAAGACCCGGGUAUGAGGCAGAUUGGCAUGAUAAUGAGCCUUCUUUUCCCGAAUGCUGAACUCUGAAACUCAUCUGCAUAAAUGUGACUUGCUGUCUUGUUCAGUUUGUAUUUGGGGAUGUCUUAUAGUGUAGAGUGUAGAUCUUGGGAACUGUCUGGUGGCAUAGGCUUGAGUCAUUGGGGUGAGUCCCUGAGCCCCAUGUGGUCAAGGGACUGGGCUAGACUCUAAAAAAUAAUAAGCCCUGGCCUGGUCUGUCAGACGUUAGGUAGAAAGGGCAUUAAACUUGAAGUUAGGAUAUAGAGGGGUAUCAUCUGAAGGUUUGUUAGAACUCUCCCUCAGUGUCUUCAUUUGUAACAUGGGGUUUAAUAAUACAGCCCUGCCUACCUACCAGGCAAUGGGGAAGUGGCAGUUCUUUGUAGGCUCCCUGCUCAUGCCCUUUAAUUCAUGGGCUGAGCUGGACAGAUUUUAGCAUGAAUAUAGAGUAGCUAGUUGGAGCUGGGAUAGGCUCAGAGUCAUGCUCAUCUUCUUGUUUGCACCUAAAAGUGCCCUCUCUUCCUACUUUAUUGUAUCUCAAGGGAUAGUUUAGUUUUCUGUCUUCUAGUCUCAAAUGCAUGCUACUAAAAUUUGGAGGUGAUUAGAAACCAACCAAGGAAGAAGGCAGGGAUAAUCAGGCAAGGGCUGGGGUACUUUGGGCUUCUAAAUUAAAAUGUUAUUUUCACAAGGCUCCGUUGGCUAAUAGUGACUAUAGAUGUGACCCUAGCAUGAUAGAGCCAAGAGGUUCAAUGUCAUAAAUUUUGAAGUUGCUAAAGGAGGUCUUAAGAUCACUGAAAAUAGAAUAUGAUGAUUUUGGGGUUCUUUUUCAGAUCCACUCUUCUAUAUCUGAUUUAAAGAUCGUAUUCUUCAUCUUGGUGAUGGGAAUAAACAGGCAAUGAAGAAAGGCCAAAGUGCUGAUUAGAAUGACUUGGGCACAUGAAAGUAACUACUGGAAACCUCAUUUAGAAUCAAGACUAGAUUAGCUGCCUCUAAAGAAGUUAGUUCUGUGACUGAUGGAGGAUAAUAGGACAACCAACUGGGUUAGAACUGGAGGCUUAUUCCCUGUAGUAUAUUUCUGGACAUCUGGCAAAGGGAAAAUGAGAACCAACCAAAUGGAGUUAUAGGGAAAUUGGUCCCCAAGAAUCUGCUUACCCACCUUACCUGUGGGUAUAGAAAAGUAAGACUUAACUGUGAGACCCAGUGUCACAUUUUUACUUCUCUAUUUAGCAUUUUGGAAGUUUCUGGGGGUAUUCCACAAGCUCAGGAAGGCUUGGCUCUUUAGAGAUUCCAGAAGUACUAAGGACCUUUCCAAGGUGGCUGAGGUCCCUGUCUCCUCAGUAUACUGUAGCUUCAGAGUGUAGCCUUUGAUGGGCCUGAUGCUGGGUAACUAUGUGCAGCCUUCAACUUGGUCCUUUGCCUAAGAUCUUCCUCCUGGCCUGUCCUCCAACUCCGGGAGCUAUCGUGGUCUUCAAGUUACAGAUGCACAUGUUGAAUGGGGCUCUUCUGGCAUUGCUUUUUCCUGUGGUAAAUACCCGGCUGCUUCCCUUUGAAUUGGAGAUUUACUACAUUCAGCAUGUCAUGCUCUACGUGGUGCCCAUCUACCUGCUUUGGAAAGGAGGUGCUUACACCCCAGAGCCCCUCAGCAGUUUCCGGUGGGCUCUUCUCUCAACUGGCCUCAUGUUCUUUUAUCACUUCAGCAUUCUACAGAUCCUCGGCCUGGUCACCGAAGUGAAUUUGAACAACAUGCUGUGUCCGGCCAUCUCAGACCCAUUCUACGGCCCCUGGUAUCGCAUCUGGGCCUCGGGACACCAGACUCUCAUGACCAUGACCCACGGGAAGCUGGUCAUCCUGUUCUCAUACAUGGCUGGGCCCUUGUGUAAAUAUCUGCUGGAUUUGCUCCGGCUUCCAGCCAAGAAAAUAGACUGAAGGUGCUUGUUUUUUCUUUUUUUUCUCCUCCCCAAGGAAGCAAGUCCUGACUUGACUUGGAGAACACCCAGUUCUUGAUGAAAUCAUGGGAGAGGGUAGUAGGAUGUUGGUGUAUUUCUUUUUUCCUCCUCUGUCCUUUUCUUCCACCACUCUUCCUUCCCCAGCUCCUCCCCCCAGGUUAGCUCCUUGCGCCUGGGGCAUGGUGUGGGCCUGGAUCUUCCCUUCUUCCUCCCCUUGGCUCUGUCUCCCUGCUCUGAGUGGCCUUAUGAGGGGAGAUGGUAGUCUGGCUCCCUUGCUCUGCUUGUUGGUGCUUUAACAACAGCUGGUUGAAGAGGCAGGGAACUACAAGCAGUAAUUCUUGCAGUAUCACAGCAGUGAGAUCAGGUUGUGUUUCAUUUCUCCACUGCCAGGGACCUCCAUGCUCAUGCUGGGAUCCCCCUUUGUCUCCAGCACAGCCCCCACUGGAAGGGGACUCAGGCCUUUUAUCUAUACCAGCAGCAAGCCCAGAGCCAAGGGAUUUCCCACAUAGUGGUCAAAAUAGAACUGGCCAGAUUCUUCCCACUGGUGUCGCAUGACUCAAAGCAGGGAGCUGCCCAGCCACUCCCUCUAGGAUGCUGCCCGGGGGAGGAGUGGAGGGCACUACCAGCCUUAGGGCAAGAUUCCGCCAAGGGGCCUAUUGAACUGUGGUGAUGGUGAAUCCACAGCAAACAGGGUGGAAAUGUACACAGUGCCAGGCAGGACCCUGUGCAAACUGCCCAUGAGAGCUGAGACCUGACCCACAUCCCAAUCAGAAGUGAGCACAGGAAUUAAGAAAUCAAUCAAUGGAAGUGGUAACUUGAGAAAACUGUGAUUUGAAUCAUUCUCCACAUUCAUGUUGAUAAUAGAUACCAUCCAAAUCUCCAGUGCCCCUUCAACUCGUUCUUGUACUCUCUUUUGGUUUCUGUGUUCUGUCUCUUAGGCAGCUUCAAGAAGAGUGAGCUGGAGUUGGGGCUUGGGGUUGUUUUACUUGUUUGUUUUUGGAUGCUUGAGUUGGGAGAACCAUUGCAUCAGGGCCUAUUUCUGGAAGGUCCUAUAGAUCCUUUUCUGGGGUUUGCAGGGUGUGGCCUCACCCUGGUUUGGGAAGCUGAAACUCCAGCCAGUGUUAUUUCCCCAGGGCCAGGUUUCUUCAGUACAGCCAGACUCUGUUGAAUUGUUCAAUGUGGGAAGUGUCACAAAUUUCCCACCCUGCCCUCUCAAAAGCCCAUGUCUAGGUCAAAAGGGACUGUCAAGGGAUAGGUCCCCAGGGGUUCAAGUGCUCCAAAAGGAAGAGCUUUUGUUGACAGACUUGCACUCAGUCGUGCGUGCACCUCAAGAAGUAGCUGCAUGGCUGCUGACACCUUGCUGACUCCUACUAGGAUCAGGUCUGCUUAAGAACAGAAAAGCAAGCUCCUGCAAGCCUCCCCUCCCUUCACCACUCUAGAUAUCCUCAUUGCUCUGGGCCAGUUCCAGUAUUUUAAGCUUUCUCAUAUUAGACCUAGAUUGUACUUCUGGCAAAGGUGGUCAUGAUUUUAGCCAAUGGACCUCUAGGAGGCAGUGCCAUGCAGGAGAAUCUCUGAAUAAGUUGAGACCCAGGGAAGCAACCCCAGGAGGGACCAUCCAUCAGAAGAUGCCUGCUGGCAAGAGCACAGAGAGCAGCAGAGGAGAACAUUGAGUGCCCAUGAGCCCCUUGUGAUCCAUAACCUUCAUUUCCUGC